AUGGCAGUGAAGAUGGCAUCGGACGGCCUGUGGCAGGGCGAGAACCCUCUCGAUUUCGCGCUGCCGCUCCUCGCGGUGCAGAUAGCCGUCGUGCUCGUCAUCACGCAGGGCCUUGCCUUCUCCCUUAAGCCCCUUCGCCAACCUAGGGUUGUCGCCGAGAUUCUGGGCGGCAUCUUGCUCGGACCUUCGGCCCUGGGCCGUUGGGGCGCCUUCCGCCGCACGAUCUUCCCGGAGUGGAGCACCGCCGCGCUGGACACCGUUUCAGGACUCGGCCUGCUCCUCUUCCUCUUCCUGGUGGGCCUCGAGCUCGACUUCGGUGCCGUGCGCCGCGUGGGGCCCCGCAGCGUUGCCAUCGCCGCCGCGGGCAUCGUGCCCCCGCUGCUCGCCGCCACCGGUAUCGUGCCGCUACUCGACCUCGCCGUCCCGGCUCCCCGCCACGCCUCCUACUUCUCGCUCUGCGUGUUCCUCGGUGCUGCACUCUCGGUGACCGCGCUCCCCGUGCUCGCAUGCAUCCUCAAGGAGCUCGGCCUCCUCGGCGUGCCCUUCGGCGAGACUGCCAUGGCGGCGGCCGCCGUGAACGACGUCUUCGCGUGGACGCUCCUCGCGCUCGCGCUUGCUGUCUCCGGUGGGGGACGCGAGCCCAAGGGACCGCCUCUCGCGCCAGUAUACAUCCUCGCCUCGGGGGCCCUCUUCGUGGCGGUCACGUUCUUCGCGCUCCGCCCUCUCAUGGCGAGCCUGGCGCGCCGUGCGGGUCCGGAAGGCGCGGACGGAGACCUGUCCUGCUCCUUCGCAAUCGCGUGCGCGCUACUCGCCGGCGCCGUGACCGACGCCAUCGGCGUGCACCCCGUGUUCGGCGCGUUCGUGUUCGGGCUGGCCAUGCCCCGGGAGAGCGGCUUCGCGGAGCGCAUCGGCGAGAAGGUGGCGCCUCUGGUGUCCGGGCUGAUGCUACCACUCUACUUCGCCACCAGCGGACUGCACACCGACGUCGACAGCGUCCGGGGCGUGGCCGCGUGGGGGAUGGUCGCGCUCGUGGUGGCCGUGGCCGUGGCGGGGAAGUUCGCAGGGACGUUCGCGGUGGCGGUCGCCGGGACCGGCAUGGCCAGGCGCGAGGCGGCCGCGCUCGGCGUGGCCAUGAGCGCUAAGGGGCUCGUGGAGCUCAUCGUGCUCAACAUCGGCAAGGAGAAGAAGGUGCUGGAUGACACCACGUUCGCCAUCUUCGUGAUCAUGGCGCUCACAACAACGGUGAUCGCGACGCCGCUCAUGACGGCUCUUUACCGACAGCCGCCAACUGCGACCACGCCAGAGAGCGACGGCGUCGAGCUCAAAGGCGGCGAUGCUUGCCCGGCCUAG